GUGUGCCCUCGUAAGGGGUGAGGCUGUUGUCAUUCAAGUAUGGUCCAGAUACCCCUAAGGAGACCAUUUCAAGGAGGGGAUACAAAGACUUUUGAAUUUUAUUUGGAUUAUGUUUCUGUUAGGAUCUGAUCCUGACUCAUUCCCCUCAACCUCCUUACUCAGGGAGCCAGCAUGGCACAGAAGGUAACUCAAGCCCAACCUGCAAUUUCUAUGCCAGAGAAGGAGGCUGUGACCUUGGAUUGUGUAUAUGAAGCCAGUGGUUAUACUUAUUAUCUAUUCUGGUACAAACAACCACCAAGUGGGGAAAUGAUUCUCCUUAUUUAUCAGGAGUCCUACAGUGAGCAGAAUGCAACAGAGGGGCGGUAUUCUCUGAACUUCCAGAAACCAGACAGAUCCAUCAGCCUCACCAUCACAGGAUUACAACUCAGGGACUCAGCAGUGUAUUUCUGUGCUCUGAGAGACACCACAGUGAUGCGGCACCUGUGGGAGCCCCACAAAAACCUCAGAUCUCAAGCAUCCCCCAGCUAUGGACACCAGGGAGAGCGGCGGUGUGGAAGGAAGAAGCGGGGGGCUGUGCCUGAGGCAGUGGGGGUUUUCAGGUGGAUGCUUCACUCUAAGGAAAAUGCUAUUUCUCUGGCUCAGAGAACAUAUCAAACAGUGUCAUUCAUCAAAAGCAUCUUUAUCUUCAAUUCUUUACCUCGCAGUAGACAUUUCACAAAAGAUUUUUUUAAGUGGUUUGUGAUGAUUACAUUAAAGCAGAAGACCCAAAAUCUAAACGGCUUCCCUGUGUUGACCUGUAGUGCCAAAUUUGCUUCAGCCUGUAACAUCAAAGCCCAGAUCUGUCCUGGUGUCAAAGGGACUCUUAGGAAGCUUCCUUUGAAGGAUUUAGUAUCUUCCAGAGACUGAAGCUAUGUCUGCUGCUCUGUCAUGUAUGGCCCUCCCGUAUGUCCCCUUCUGGUCACUACCUGCUCUUCUGGGGAAACCACAGUCCCAUAGAUAGAUUUGUUUUGCCUGUUUGCCUGUUCAUUUGCAGUGUUGCA